AUGCAGAUCCACGCCUUGUUUUUCUUCGUGCUCUCUGCCACCGUCAUGAGCCGCAGUGUGGCCCCCCACAACCCCAGAGCCGUCGGCAUCCAUUCUUCGAACCGCGUCCCCAGUCCACUCGCCCGUAGAUCCGUCAUCUUGAGACGCGAUGGGCCCCCCGGUAGCGCGUCUGAUGAACAUGGUCUCAACGGCCAAACAAAGCCCGCCGAUGACCCAAAAAAGGACCAAAAGAAAGACGGCGAUAAAAAGAAAGACGGCGAUGAAAAGAAAGACGGCGACAAAAAGCAAGACGGUGACAAAAAGAAAGACGAGGAUAAGAAGAAGGAUGGCGAGAAGAAGAAGGACGGCGAGAAGAAGAAGGAUGGGGAGAAGAAGAAGGAUGGCGAGACGAAGAACAAAGACGGCGCAAAGAACGAAGCGGACAACAAGAAAGAUGACGACAAGGACGACCAAGACAUCAAGGAAGGAGCGACUGAGGAUGGCAAGAAAGCAGGUGAAGGACCCGGCGACAAAACUCCCGAGACCAAGGAAGGCAUCCAACAGAAGAUCGAUGCGGAGAAAGCAAAGCUUGCCAAAUUGAACGAACGCGUCAAGGCCAAAGAAGACCGGAUUUCUGAGCUGGAAGAGAGGCUUAAACGAGGUGGUGGUGGUGCUCCGCCUAAAGACCAACCGGGUCCCCAUGGCCCGGAUCCGACCAAGCCAGCCGGGCCCCCUGGUCCGGAUCCUAACAAGGCCGGCGGCCCCCCUCCUCCGAGUCCGUCAGGAGACGCUGGAAAGAAACCUUCAAAGCCUGGCAAAGUAGAUGUUCCCCCGAACGACCAGCCUCGAGCAAAGUGA